AAAGCGUGUCGACCACUGGAUGAGUCAACUUCCAGUGUUCGCGUUGUUCGUUUACAACGGCAUGUUCCGGUUAGGCCACCGUAAUAUCUUCACUCCAGAGCUUCGUACAACACAACUGUAGCAUAUGAGAGGAAACAAGCAGUUCUAGUAGUAAAUCUUGAUGAAAUUAUAAUCAGCGGUCAGGAUGUCUGAUAGAGGUGAAGUAGAUUUAACUGGAGCCAAACAGAACACCGGGGUGUGGCUCGUAAAAGUUCCGAAGUAUCUGUCUCAGCAGUGGGCCAAAGCUACAGGAAGAGGGGAGGUGGGAAAACUUCGCAUUGGCAAGAAUCAAGGAAAGACAGAGGUGUCCUUCACACUGAAUGAGGAGUUAACAAUGGUAGGCAACAUAGGGGAGAAGGCGUCUGUCGUUCAUGCUCCUCGUGAACACCCCUUCAUACUGCAGGCGGUCGGUGGCCAGACACUAGCAGUGUUUACUGAGACAUCUUCAGGCCAGGCAGAUGCUGAAGGCAGCGGUUCAGGUACUGUCACAGGCCCAGACAAAAUAGCUCUGGAGGGACUGGUGGUGCAGCGAGCUGAGUGCCGACCAGCUGCCAGCGAGAACUACAUGAGGUUAAAAAGACUGCAGAUUGAGGAGUCAUCCAAACCACAACGAUUCUCUAUGCAGCUGGAAAAACCUGUCACCACCAACUAUAAACCAGUUGCCAACCACACUAAUAACUUGGACUAUGAUAAGAGGAAGAGGGAGGAGGGUAAGAGGGCGAGAGCUGAUAGGCAACAGGUGUUGGACAUGCUCUUCUCUGCUUUUGAGAAGCACCAGUAUUAUAACAUCAAGGAUCUGGUGGACAUCACCAAACAGCCUGUGAUUUAUCUGAAGGAGAUCCUGCGUGACAUCGGUAUCUACAAUGUAAAAGGAACCCACAAGAACACGUGGGAGCUUAAACCCGAGUACAGACAUUACCAGAACGAAGAGAAAAGUGACUGAUCCUCUCUCAGCAGUUUUGUAUUUUAUUAUUCUAAUAGCUAGUUCACAAGAGCAGUGGAUCUCACCAGCACAAUUACUUUUAUGUGCAGGAUCAGUUCUGUGUCACAAAUGCAGACGUGUUUGUGAAACCAGACCUUAUGUCCCGAAGAGAAGUUUCCUUACUGAAGUGUCUAUUUUUCAGACUGGUGUAUUUUAUUGCUUUUAUGGAACUGCUUUUUAUUAUAAUAGUUGGUCAGAAAAGCAGUCAGCAUAUCCUACAAAGUAGGCUAAAUUGGGCCAUUUUUCUUUGCGAACCAUCUCACCUGAUUCAACUUUUUUAGCUGGGUGCUUAGGUAGUGCACCACCACCAAGGUCUGGGUUCGAAACUCGGAGGUGUGGUCAGCUGGCCUGUAUAGAUGCAGAAGCCCUAGAGGAUAAUGAAAAUUAAAUUAGAUGCUAAUUACUUCUUGAGCUAGAUCAGGUGUGCUGGUAGAUGUCUAGAACAGUGGGCCUCCAGGAUUUAUCCAUUCAGUAUUGUUUUGUGUUAUUGGUGACUUUUAAUCUGCUGUAUUUUCUGUUGAAAUAAAUGUUUUGAAGAAAAAA